AUGGGCCUCUCCACGACAAUUAGCUUGGAGGAAUGGCCAGGAGAUGAUGGGCUGAAAGUAGGCUGUGGACUCCGGCCCAUGGCUACCACAUCGAGCAAGUCUCGUGUCGUGGGUGGCACCGAUGCCCAGCCAGGGGCCUGGCCGUGGAUUGUCAGCAUCCAGGAUGCCCGUGGAAGGGGCUCUGGGCACAUCUGCGGAGGGUCCCUCAUCACUCCCGAGUGGGUCCUGACGGCAGCUCACUGCUUCGUCAAGUCCAGAGCGCCCCCCGCCCCCCGCAGGGACGUCAGCGAGUGGCGGGUGGUGGCGGGGGUCACGCAGCUGUCCCGGCACGGCCCCGAGACGCAGCAGCGGCAGGUGCGGCGCCUGGUGCUGCACCGCGACUACAGCAGCGUCACCGAGAGCCACGACGUGGCGCUGGUGCAGCUGGACCGGCCCGUCCGCUGCGGGCCCCGCGUCCAGCUGGCCUGCGUGCCCCCGGCGCCCGCCGCCCUGCCCCGGCUCUCCCACUGCUACGUCAGCGGCUGGGGCUCCACCGACGCCAGGGCCGCAGGCUCGGCGGAUGUGCUGCAGGAGGCCAAGGUGCAGCUCAUCGACCCCCAGCUGUGCAACAGCAGCCGCUGGUACGCGGGGGCCAUCCACGAGCACAACCUGUGCGCAGGCUACCCGCAGGGCGGCAUCGACACCUGCCAGGGUGACAGUGGAGGUCCUCUCUCGUGCCAGGACAGGACAGGACCAUACUUCUGGUUGGUGGGAGUGACCAGCUGGGGGAAAGGCUGUGCCAGAGCCAGGCAUCCUGGUGUCUACACCUCUACACAGCACUUCUACGACUGGAUCCUGGCCCAGAUGGGGCUAUCCACAGAAGCAACAACUCCACCCCCGCCUCAGACGGCCUCCUUCUCCCCCCCCAGCCAGCCACCCGCGGAGCAGGCCUCGGCCGAGCCCUGUCCCUUCCCACGCAAGAAGCUGCAGGAGUUCUUCAGCCUGCUGCAGGAGCUGCUGCAGAAGCUAAGGGGCAGCGAGGCCUGAGCGUGGGGGAUGCCAAGGUGGAGACCAGGCUGCGGUGUGCCGCCACCGACUGGUGCCACCGCCGGUGCCUCUGACCCGCAGGCAGCCUCGGCGCCCACCCCUGUCCUGCCCAGGCUGCCAGGAGCACUCCAGUGGUGGCCUUGACCCAGGUUUUGCAAUAAAGUGGCAGUGUCCCACUCA